ACGAGGAGUACCUGCAAAAAGGGAAAUUACUUUUGAGACAGAACCAUUUGGGUCAAAGACAUUUUUGAUAUAUGUUGAACCUGUAUUCAGCAACGCAGGGGAUACUAUUGGUGUGAAUUACAUGGGUAUGGAUGUAACUGAUCAGGCCAGACCACAACUUGCAAGAUGUAAGAAUCAAUAUCUUCCCUUUCAAAAGAAGAAAGGUGAAGGCACCAGAAGUUGCAGCUUCUGUUACAUUACCUAUGAGAAGGAGAGAUCACUCUCAUCAUUGGUGGUCUGCACUCCCAGAGUAUCAACACAGACUGCCAUGACAGGAAGAAGGUCAAAAGCUAUUGCAAGAAAGGCAUCUUCUUUACGAAGUUCCAGUUUUCCCACUGAAAAGCCUGUUAAGAAAGAGGAAGAUUCUGUGGAAGAUCAUCUAGAGGGCUUAAGCUCACCCGAGACUUUAACCAAAUUAACUCAGAAUAUAAGGCAAGUAAAGGAAGAUGACAAGUUGUCUGAGCACUCUUUAUUUAGGUUAUCAGUACGUUUUGUUAGCAUCUGGCCUUAAAGCAGGGUGCAUAUGAUUACACAUGGACUUCUUUUUAAUGAUUUUAAUCAUUUAAAUGGUACAAAAUUCUU